ACGGAUUGUUUCACCAUACCAAGAUAACAAACCUGCUGAAAGAAAAAAAAUUCACGUCUGAACCGCAUUACCCGUUUUUACUUUCACACAUUCACCUUUUGUUUCCGGGUUUAGAGGACAGGAAAGAGGUACGACUGUCAUAUGAUUUCAACAAACAUCGCUCCAGACCCCUUCGAUGUGGUGUACAUGUUGUCGUUACUAUAGCAGAAGAACGACACGGAACGUUUUUACAUAUCUCCCUACACACUGCCUGACCUGCUAAAACCUCGACAGACAUGGCAGCCAAUGGAGCACGUUGUGGACAUCCACAGAAACGAGCAGCACAAAAAGCAAAACAGAAUGGCAAGUCGACAGACGCUUCAGUAAGAGAGAGGCGACAGAAAGAUAAGGAGGACCGCCUGUCUCUGGUGGUAUGGAGGAGGCCCAUCACCACACUGCAUUAUUUCCUCCUGGAGACCCUCAUUAAGCUAAAGGAGUUGACCAAGAAGCUUUGGCAACGACGAGGCAUGGUGUUCUUAGUUUUGUUGUUAUGUUGUCUGUUCUCCUUUGCCUACUCUACUGAGGGAUCACACCAACAAUAUGUUACGUACCUGGAGAAGAGGUUCCUAUGGUGUGCCUACUGGGUAGGCCUUGGGAUCCUGUCUUCAGUUGGCCUUGGGACUGGCUUGCACACCUUUCUCCUCUAUCUGGGUCCUCACAUAGCGUCAGUAACCCUAGCAGCAUACGAGUGCAGCUCCACAGACUUCCCAGAGCCUCCGUACCCAGACCAGAUAGUCUGUCCCCAAAGUGGAGGUAUGGAGGGAAGCAUCUCCCUUUUCUCGAUCAUGUCGAAGGUCCGCCUGGAGGCCUGCAUGUGGGGGGCGGGCACUGCCAUCGGAGAGUUGCCUCCGUAUUUCAUGGCCAGAGCGGCUCGUCAGUCGGGAGCUGAUCCAGAGGAUGAAGACUACGAGGAGUUUGAGGAGAUGCUGGAGCAGGCGGAGGGCACUCAGGAUUUUGUCACAAGAGCAAAACUGGGCGUUCAGCAUAUGGUGCAGAAAGUGGGAUUUUUUGGGAUCUUGGCUUGUGCCUCAAUCCCCAAUCCUCUCUUCGACCUGGCCGGAAUAACCUGUGGCCAUUUCAUGGUUCCCUUCUGGACCUUCUUUGGAGCAACUCUAAUUGGGAAAGCCAUUGUCAAGAUGCAUAUACAGAAACUAUUUGUCAUCAUUACCUUCAGCAAGCACAUAGUGGCGCAAAUGGUGUCUCUCAUUGGGUCUGUGCCCAAAGUGGGACCAGCACUCCAGAAGCCCUUCAGUCAGUACCUGGAAGCACAGAAGAACAAGCUGCACCAUGCUGGAGGAAGUGCACCGGCGGAUGAGAACUGGCUGUCGUGGGUGUUUGAGAAGGUGGUGCUGGUCAUGGUCUGCUACUUUGUCACUUCCAUCGUCAACUCCAUGGCUCAGAGCUACGCCAAGCGCCUGCGGCAGCAGAAGCACUCCGAUGGGAAAACCAAGUGAUGUCCAAAGCGUUACAAACAUCCAAGUGACUGUUUCCGCUGCUGCCGUUGAGAGCCCGCCCCUCCCCCUUCCCACUCGGCCACAGCCACUUACAACUUGACAACAAACCUCACCCCCCCCCCCCCCAUCCAUUCUCAGAGGCUGACCACUCAAAAACAAGGCACUAUUUGUUGGUGUGCGCGUGUGUGUGCUUUUGAGGAUGUAUGUGCUGUUUGGUGUUUGUCCCUCUUCAGGUUUUGUAGUUCUUCCUCUCAUCUCACUCUAGAUGUGUCUGUGCGUAGUGCAAUUGGUUUUAUUGCUGAUCUUAUGUUAAUUUGUUGAAUUAACCCAUUCAUUGAUCUCAGAUGUAAAGCAGCAGUUCGGUGGUGACUGCUGUGCCCAUCAGACGCUAUGCCUUAUGCAAGACGGGGAGGUCUCACUUCUAUUGAAUAUAGUUCUUGACUUAACUUGAUUUUUAUUUAAUUUUGUAACAUUUCUGUAUGGGUGGAUCUCGACCUGUUUGUACAGUGUGCUGCCAAGAUAACUGCUAUGGACGGUCUUUCUUUUCAGGAUGUAAUUGUACUCAUGUUUUUUUCCUGUUAAACAACAAGACCACAUUAGUCUCUUUGGAGUUGUCAGUUUUAAAAUGGUGAAGGGAAAAAAAGAAGAAGCAAUAUCAACUUAAAUCAGUGUGGUAUUGUCGGUUUGCACAUUGUGUAAAUAUCUUAAUAUCUUUUUGACGGUAUGCACAGAUGUAUUUCUAUUCUAAUGGUUUGUGUGGACAUGAGUUAACUUGAACCAAAACAAAAAAGAAAAGGUGAUAUCAUUUGUAAAGUGACAUUGUACUCUCGGCUAACUAGACCAUUUCUAUUCUGUACGUUUAGGUUGAACCUUGGAUCAGAUCAUAUAUAAAACAUGUAAACCAUG